AUGGCCUGCGAUGGCUUGGCGGCGAUGGCCAGUAUGUUCAUCUUCAAGGACAUGGGUAUUGAGCCUGCUUCCUCUACGCCUCCGCGUCACACCCGUUCCCGGAAAUUGAAGCAACUCAAUCUGUCCUUCAUGGAUCUUCCCCGAGAAAUCCGCGACCUCGUAUACGACUUCUACCUACCGGAAGGAGAUUUGGUGUACAAUGCAAACACACUCAAGUUCACAAUGACGAACAAGGGCCCAAAAGAGAUAUCGCUUGCGUUUACUUGCCAAACCAUACUGAAAGAGGCGCUUGGCCAUCUCCUUGGAAAUAACUCUUUUGUCUUCCAUGUCGGUCUUCUCAACAGCUCACAUCACGACAAUGAACUAUGGCACGGCGGCCUUGGUAAACUCGAAAGGUACAAAGAAGAUGUGGCUGACCACAUGGCGCGUCUAUACCUAACAGAGUCGAAUGAAGAAGAGGUAGCUUUACAGUAUCCGCAGUUCCGACCCAUCCUCUCCAACUGGCGCUUGAAGAACGAUGCUGUAGAGUUUCCCAAGAGCCACGAUUGGGGCGAGACACCAUCCGUGUACCGCGACUUCAUUCAGUAUACUCUGAAAACGAUGUUGAGGCAUCCUCAAUUUCCGAAAGAUGAUUUGACUUGGACGCGCAGUCUGCGAAUUCCGCCACAUGAGCCGACGCCAACAUGCACACUGUCUCGAUUGAUCGAUCUGAAUCCACCAGUUUGGAAAAUACCGCACAAAGAGAUUUUCAAUCGUGUCAUGGAGGUCUGUGGCACAUCGACAGAGGCAUUCGACCGCCGAUACGAAUUUGUGCCAUAUCAGUACUCUGCUGCUUCCAUCGCAAUAAGUCUCCUUGAGUCUCUUCCAUCAGAGUUACUCAAGCACAUACGGCAAAUCUGGCUCUUUGAGGACGAACAAUCCAUCGCGCAUCCUGAAUGCCAUAUGCGAGGCUUCAGUCCGUUCUGCGUUGAGAUCCCACAGCUUCGCAUCGAACGACGAGUUAGCAUGUGGAAGACAGCAAGCCUAGCUCAAUGCCCCUAUCUAUACGACCUGCACACCCCUGAACCUGAAGUCAAGUCUGCCACCAAAGCUAUUGCGCCCUGGCUCAUCGAGCUUAACGCAUUGGAAACACUGGGUAUGCCUCCUGAUGUCUGCACUAUGAUAUUGGACGGAUACACAGAGGCUUGUCCUAAGAUAGCAGACACAGCAGCCAUGGAUAUCAGCUACGCGCACGAGCACCAGUUUCUGCCUUCACCUUCCUGGCUGGAGCGACGUUAUCGAGUCGGCUACAUGUACGAGGAACUCCCAAAUAUUCUGCGACGUUUGGGUACUGGAACCGGGAAUAUCAAGUGCAACUUCAACACUGGUAAGGAUGUUGAUCCUGAGGAGGAUGUUCAAGCGAUUGCCUUGUUGAACCUCGAGGAAUGGAAGGUACAGUGGUGGAAACAUCAACUCGAAAGGAUGGAUUACGCUCAUGGACUAUUGUUUCUCCGUCCAGGUCCUGCGUGUCCAGACGUAGAAGAAGAUUAUGGAUCGUGAUAAACAUGAGUAAAACAUCUCGUGACGUCGUUUACAUUCGCAUUAGAUGCUCCAUAUCACAUUCAUUCAUGAUUCAUAUCCCCUUAUUUACUUAUUUCCCCAACGUCAAAAACAGCCUAUCGCCAAUAUCGCCCAGCCCAGGCUUAAUCAUACCCUUCUCAUCAACCCCCUUAUCACAGCCACCGACCCACACCUCCACACCCUCCUCCCACUCUCCACACGCCUUCUGCAGCCCCUCCUCCGUCGCCAAAAUAGCAACGACGAUAAUCCUCUUAACGCCCCAAUCCUUCAGCGUGUCAAUAGCCGCCUGCGCUGUCGCACCCGUCGCGAUGAUGGGAUCUACAAUGAUGGCGAGCUCUGGUUGGGGCUUGGUUGAGCCAGCUGCGUGCGGGGUGUGGUAGGGCAGAUUGU